GACGGACAGAAUUACGACAGAACGACGGAAGCCGGUGAAUCUGCUCUUGAAUCGACCUUUAUUAUCAAAACGGCCUUUUCACUGCAUUAAACGCAACCGCAUCCAGACGACUGGAGCUGCAAUGAACUUUGUGUUGCUAGCCAUAUUUUUCUUCCCGCUGGCUUUUGCCCAAUUCGGUCACUUCUUCCAGCAGGGUUUCCCUUUCGGUGGAGGCUUCCAGCAACAACAGCAACAACAGGAGCAGCAAGCUCCUGGGAGACAACACAAGGGGUGGACAGAGAGUGAAAGAGUGCACUGUCGAGCAGGAUAUGUCUGUCCAGCUUCUUUAGCUUGCGUCCCAACUCCCGCAGAUUGCCCUUGUCCUUAUCCUGAGGAUAUCAAAUGUGUUGUUCCUGAUAAUCGACCUCGAGAUGAGGGCGAAGGACCACCUUUCUUUUGCGUGAGAGGUGACACUGGCUGCGCUCAGGUCUUGGAAUUUUCAAAACCAAUAUGAUGGAUCAUGUAUGUAUAUGUUAAUGCAUGAGGUGCAG